CUUUAUCCUCCGAUUUUUCAUCUUUUCUGGUUUCAAUAGUUUGGGCGCGAAAAAGGAUCCAAUUUUAUCUUUGGGUUCUUCUGGGUUUGGUUACUCCCUUCAGUAUUUGCCCUGUGCUGUUUCUUAUCAAUUCACCAAACUUGUCUUUCGAGCUGUUUUUUUUAUGUAUGGGAAAUUAUGUAUAUGCAUUAUGGUUCAAUGUUCUGUGGCAUUUGUUGAUUUGAACAAAGAUGAUCUGACACUUGGUGAUAUAAGUUUAGGUUUCAAUGUUAAAGAGAGAAACUUUUGGUAAUAUUUGGCUUCUGGGGAACUUCUAGGACUGGUUUGAUUGUUUGGAACUAUCUUUUAUGAUUGUUAGAUGUCCCUUUUGAAAUCAGGAUACAAGUAGAGGUCACUCAACAUGGAUGAUCUUGACUUUGAGCCUACUGGACCUGUUCGUGUUGCUGGCAGAUUUCGGCCUAAGGCAAAGCCUAAGUCUACGAAAGUAGCAUCCACUGCAGCUGCUUCUGAUCUCCCUAAUGUUGGUGUGGAAAAUUCAAAUACAGUAUCUACCACUGUGUCGGACACAGUUCCGUGUGCUGAUCUUGGAGAGGUUAAUCCAAGAGAUCCGGUUGGUUUGUCGUCAGAGAUCUCAGGAAGCCUAGAGCCAUCAGGAAACAAUGAGCAUUUAUGCUCUAGUGUCCCGUCCUUUGAUGGUGAAGGAACCACCAAGCCCUCUGAAACAGCUGCAGGAGAUACUCUGCAACCAUCAGUUAUCGUUGCAACUUCUAAUGUUAGUGACGGUUCUAACUCUGUCAUUGGAAAAUCAGCUGGGGAGAAUGCAGAUGUAUUCUCAGGAUCGCACUGUCUUGACAAUAUUGUUUCCCAAACUGCAAGUGGUACAGCAGUGCCUUCUUCCACAAAGUCCCCUGACAAAGUCAAUGAGGGUAAGUUUAGUGCUCUGACAGAUGGUUUCGUGGAGUCUUCAGCAUUAUUAGCAUGUGAUGUUGCUGAAGCUCAAACUGUAUCUGAUAAUAUUGCCACCCAAGAUCCUAUAUCCUGCACAGAAGCUGCUAUGUCCAACGAAGAUGGUAAAAUCCGGUUAGAAACAAAGGAGUUUGGAACUCUAGAUGAUGUGUCUGACGCUCCCAUUUCAACUGGACUCCACCGUGCUGGAAAAUUUCAACCCAAGCUCAGAGUCAAAAAAGGAAAAGAGAAUCAAAUCAUACCUCACUCUGAAGUUGAGUCCACUGCACUCUCACAGGCUGCAAAUUUCGAAAUAUGUGAUGUGGAUGAGAGCUCACUUUCUGCCUUUCCACCAGGAGAUGUUCAUAAUCACAUAUCUCCCACUUUUGGAGAUUCUAAUUCCCCAAAUCCAAACCCCGUUUUCCAAGCGUAUGCAGAAAGCCUUGCAGAAACUACUCAGUUAGAUGAGGCUGUUGUUGGGGGUGCUGCCCAUUCAGAGGAUGUUUUUGGGAGGGGUCAUGAGAGUGGAAAUGUAAAUGCUUCCGCAGCAUCAAAUUGUCAUCAGAAUUGCAAAGGUUCAGCAGCCUAUGAGGAGGCAAAAGAUGGGACAUCAUCCAGGAAAUCAAGGAAGCCAUUACCCCAUCAACAAGUUGAUGAACCAGGGAACUGUAUUAAUGAGGAAAGCUUCAAUGCUGAAGAUUCUAACGAUAAGGUUGGCAAUGAAGAUAGAGAGCAUAAUACAGAACGGGGAAAAAGAGUACCAAGAAAGUCCAAGAAACCUGCAUCUGAAAAUGAAAAACCAGUUAAAAAGGGUAAAAGGACCAAGAAAGUACUUGAUGAAUCAAUGGAAGAACCAAAAAAAAAGUUCUCCCAUUCAACUUCUAAAAAUAAAAGAUCUGUGAACAAGUCUUUGCUUGAGAUCCCAGAGGAUGAAAUUGAUCCUCAAAAAGUGUCUCUGAGGGAUCUUAUUCGGCUAACAGAGUAUAGGGAGCGCUUAGCGAGCAAAGAGGCAGCCAAGUUGAAAACUCCUGCAUCCAAUCAAAGUGCCUACGAUGAGUUUCAGAAGGAUCCUUCCCAUAACAAAGAUGAGAACUCUGGUUUCGAACAAGACAGAAGCCCUGGUGAAGAUCAAGCAGGUUACAGGGAAGGCGUUAGUACAAGUUCCAUUAGCUUCAAUUACCAGACUUAUAUGAACAAAGAACGCCCUUCAAAAUGGGUUGAACAAGACACCGAGCUCUUCUAUGAGGGCGUUGAGCAGUUUGGAUCUGAUUUUAGUAUGAUUGCACAACUUUUUCCCGGUCGAACACGCCAUCAAAUCAAGUUGAAGUUCAAGAAGGAAGAUCGCCAAAAUCCAUUCCGUGUCAGUGAAGCCUUUCGCCGUCAUUCCAAAGAUAAUUCCAAAUAUGUUAUGGUGAUUAACGAGCUGCAAAAAGUUGCUCGAGAAAAGCAGGAGUCUAAUGCAGAGGAGUCAAAUGACCAGCAGGAGGUGGAGCUGACUCUUGAUAACGAUGAGGGAGUGUCAAAACCUGAGUUAGAUAAAGUAGAAGAUAUGGAGACCGAUGUUGCACCUGAAGUUCAACACGAGGAAGCUGCUGUUGCUGAAGUUCAUAGUCCCAUGAAUCCUGAUCAAAGUGAUGGUGUUGUCGGUUUUGGUGGUUGGGAUGAUGAAUUUUAGUGCACGGAAUAUCAUACAAGAAAGUUAAGUACAUCAUUGGAACUGCAAUCACUGGUAGACGCUCACUGAUUGACAUUUCAAUUAUGGAGCCUGUAGAGUUAGAAUCCAUUUAUUUAGAAACCAGCAACUGUUACAAAAUUCCAGCAAGAAUGGGACAUCAUACCUUAGGCCCGAAUCUGUGAAGAAAAUAUCAGCUAUUUUUUGGUGUUCUUAGGGGAUUGCAAGUCAUUUCUUAGCAAAUUUAGUUGGCAAUGCUUUAUCCACCCCCACAAGUAUUUAAUUUGGAGUAAGGGGUUAUCAAAUUUUAUGUAUAAUCGUAGCUGUUGCCGACAAGUUGCUAACCAUGUGAUUACAUAAAUAAUUGUAUGGGAUUGACUAUUGCAUCUAAUUUGAAAAUGUCUUUUA